CGUUCUGUUUAUCAACAAAAGGCAAUGUGCGCAGUCGCUUUUUCCCACUCAGUUUAUGCAUGAUGGAUAGUCACCUGGGUGAAAUUGGCGGUGUUUGUGUGUCGCGAGGAUCCCAAGCCAGUGUCCGAGUCCCCGUCCUCCUAAAAAGUCGUUAAUUUGGCAUUAAAAUCAAUAUUAAACACACGUAUCAGUAUUUUCCUCUACGCCUUGCUUACGUCACUUUCGAUGUCUAUGUCGCGGUCGUCGUCGCUCAUACUCAUGUUGCUUCACUUGUUUUGCACGGAUUGCGCGCAAAUUAAUAGAUAUUUCCUAAGAUUAUUCCACUAAGUUGAUUUUUUGUUUAUUCGCACAUUUGGUUCAGUUCGAAUACCGCUACUAUUUCCGCCACACUACAGUACUCGCCAGUGUGACCACACUGCUCGCAAAAUGCCAAAGGCAGCGGCAGGAGCAGCAGUCUACAAGAAGUUUUUGAUAUAGUUCAGACUUUUACUAGUUUAUUUGAUGGCUUUUCCCACCACAAGUGCCCAGCAAGCCGAGACGAACCGCAAGAUACUCGAAGAGAUCCAGACGAAGAAGCAGUUGCUCGCGGGCGGGAUCAUAAACCUUGGUCUGAGUCCGCCGAACCAGAUGCCCGCACCCCAGUUGCUGGGACAGCCGACGACAGUGAAUCCAGACUUCCAGGCGGGCGUGGGCAUUGCCACCAAUGCCACAUCCACCGCCCGCUCUGCAUUUAAUCCAACGAGCUCUACGACUUUGGGCUUCUUUAUACCUCAGGAUUCGUAUUUUGGAAAUAGCUUUAUACCCGUGCUGCCUCGUCUGGAGCCGCUGCCGUCGCCUGCGACCACGCCCACUACUCCGAACGCUCCGCCCAGCCACAGUAUCAGCAAAUAGCCGGAUCCACAAUGGCCCGGUUGAAGCUGAGGAAACUGGAGGAGUACCUGCAGGGCGUUGACGGUUUCGAGCAGCCCAAGAUCCUGUUGGAACAGUACCCCACUCCGCCGCACAUAGCCGCGUGCAUGGCUCAUCACAUGCAGUCGCAGCACGAGGACAUCGAGGGAAAGCUGGUGGGAGAUUUGGGCUGCGGCUGCGGAAUGCUCAGCAUUGCUUCCACUCUGCUGGGCGCCCAGCUCACGGUGGGCUUCGAACUGGACGGCGAUGCCGUGGACACCUUUAGGGGCAAUGUGGUGGAGAUGGAGCUACCCAAUGUUGACUGCGUGCGGGCGGAUGUGCUGCAGCUGAUCGGCAGCAAGUGGGAGAAGUCCUUUGACACGGUGCUGAUGAAUCCCCCAUUCGGCACGAAACACAAUGCCGGCAUGGACAUGCGGUUUCUGGAGGUGGCCCUACGGUUGGCCAACAGAGCAGUUUACUCCCUACACAAGACGUCAACACGGUCGUACAUUCAGAAAAAGGCACUGGAAUGGGGCGCCCGCGGCUCAGUGGUCGCCGAACUCCGGUACAACAUCGACGCCAGCUACAAGUUUCACAAGCAGAAGUCGAAGGAUAUUGAGGUGGACUUCUGGCGCUUUGAAAUCGGCACGGAAUAGGAAGAAUUAUAUCAGUUGCAUUUAGUUUUGGACAUUAUAUGUAAUAGUAUUGUAAAUUGUAGCACAUUAAAAUUGAUCGUAUGUGUUUUCU